GUCCCCGUCUCGUCACCUAGCCGCGCUGCUCCUCUAGAGCUGUUCGCCCAAGCGGACAUGGCGUUCCAGAAGAUCAAGGUUGCGAACCCAAUCGUCGAGAUGGACGGAGAUGAAAUGACUAGGGUAAUUUGGAGAUCAAUCAAGGAUAAGCUUAUUUUCCCAUUUUUGGAUUUGGACAUAAAGUACUUUGACCUAGGCCUUCCAAAUCGGGAUGCCACAGAUGAUAGAGUUACAAUUGAAAGUGCGGAAGCUACUUUGAAAUAUAAUGUGGCAGUAAAAUGUGCAACAAUAACACCAGAUGAAGGUCGUGUCAAGGAGUUCAACCUCAAAGCAAUGUGGAAGAGUCCAAAUGGAACAAUCAGAAACAUUUUGAAUGGCACUGUAUUUAGAGAGCCAAUUAUCUGUAGAAACAUACCAAGGCUUGUGUCAGGAUGGACAAAGCCAAUAUGCAUUGGAAGGCAUGCUUUUGGUGAUCAAUACCGAGCCACAGACACAGUUAUUAAAGGACCUGGGAAGCUAAAAUUGUUGUUUGAGGGAAAAGAAGAGCAAGUCGAGCUAGAAGUGUUCAAAUUCACAGGUGCUGGUGGUGUGGCGUUGUCUAUGUAUAAUACUGAUGAGUCGAUUCGUUCUUUCGCUGAGGCUUCAAUGAACACAGCCUACCAGAAAAGGUGGCCACUUUACCUUAGCACUAAAAACACAAUUCUCAAGAAGUAUGAUGGAAGGUUUAAGGACAUAUUCCAGGAGGUGUAUGAGACUCAAUGGAAAUCCAAAUUUGAGGCUGCAGGAAUAUGGUAUGAGCACCGAUUGAUAGAUGAUAUGGUUGCUUAUGCACUUAAGAGCGAAGGUGGAUAUGUGUGGGCUUGUAAGAACUAUGAUGGAGAUGUGCAAAGUGAUUUCUUAGCUCAAGGUUUUGGGUCCCUUGGGUUGAUGACGUCAGUGCUGAUGUGCCCUGAUGGGAAAACCAUUGAAGCAGAAGCUGCGCAUGGCACUGUUACUCGUCACUAUCGGGUUCACCAAAAAGGAGGAGAAACUAGCACAAACAGCAUUGCUUCAAUUUUUGCAUGGACCCGAGGGCUUGCACACAGGGCAAAGCUAGAUAAUAAUGCAAGAUUGCUCGAUUUCACUCAAAAGCUUGAGGCAGCUUGCAUUGGAACUGUGGAGUCUGGGAUGAUGACCAAAGAUCUUGCUCUCCUCGUUCAUGGACCCAAGGUUACUCGAGAUAAGUAUCUGAGCACCGAACAGUUCAUUGACGCGGUGGUAGCGGAGCUUAGGACAAAGCUGUGUGCCAGAUCGAAGUUGUAAACUCCCUCUCACCCUUACAUUGGCUCAGGAAUUAGUUGUGGACCGUGUAGAUUGCGAAGGAGUGGGUCGCUUUCGACCUUUCAGCAAUAAGGUGGAGUUCUCGUCAGUAAUUCAUCAUGUCAAAGGAACUGAACAACUCAAUUUACUUUGCCCCCUACCCGUGAUAUGUUUUACGAGUUGAAUUGUUGUACUCUUCUGGCUGUGGUUGUGCGUUUGGUGCAUACAGGUGUCAUAUCAUGUGCAUCUCGUGUUGAUGUAGCAGCUAAUUGAAUAUUGUGGAUGCUUUAGCUAAAGAGAGUAUACUAUUGCACGGCAAACAACUUGGAACACUUGCAUAGGUG